AUGGGCAUUUCCCCAUCGGACUCUAUUAUUGUCGUCGGCGCUGGCGCCUUUGGCCUCUCGGUAGCACUGCAUCUUUCGCUACGAGGCUACACAAAUGUCUCGGUGUUUGCAAAAGAUGAUUACAUCCCUUUCGGGAACUUGACAAAUGUAGUCUAUCGUGCAGCACAAGAUGCAGGAGUGCGAUUCUUUCUGGGGCAACAAGUCGACCAAAUAGCCUAUGUGAGCAGAUUGACCGGGAGAAAGACCGCUGGUAUCCGCACAAGGAAUGCCGGAUUUUAUCCCUCGUCGCUUGUCAUUAUCGAAGCGGGGGCUAGGGAUAGUGUUUCAUCUGAAACUGGCCAGUUGCAUGCGCCUGACCCCUUGGCCAUACCCCUUUCUUCCUACACCAGCAUCAACUCAGAUUCCUUCGCCGAAUAUGUGCCAGAAACAUCUUCCUCGGUUAUACUUCUGUCGGGAAAUUUGAUACAACCCUCCCAGAUGUCUGUGGUGGGACCACUGGUCGUAGAUCUCUUGGAGGGAGCGAGUGGUCAAACUGCAGUGCAGGUUCAGAAGGGGAAAACUUCACCUCAACCCUUGUCUAAGCUGUGA